UUUUGUAGGCUCGAAAUGUCAACACGGGUGAGCUAGCAGCGAUUAAAGUAAUAAAACUAGAACCAGGAGAAGAUUUUGCUGUUGUGCAGCAGGAAAUCAUUAUGAUGAAAGACUGUAAACAUCCAAACAUUGUUGCCUAUUUUGGCAGCUAUCUCCGACGAGACAAGCUGUGGAUUUGCAUGGAGUUUUGUGGAGGUGGCUCUCUACAGGAUAUUUAUCAUGUGACUGGACCACUUUCAGAACAGCAGAUUGCGUAUGUUAGCAGAGAAACACUACAGGGGCUAUAUUAUCUUCACAGUAAAGGAAAAAUGCACAGAGAUAUAAAGGGAGCUAACAUUCUUUUAACGGAUAAUGGACAUGUAAAAUUAGCUGAUUUUGGAGUGUCUGCGCAGAUUACAGCUACAAUUGCCAAAAGGAAAUCGUUCAUUGGCACCCCAUAUUGGAUGGCGCCAGAAGUUGCUGCAGUAGAAAGAAAAGGUGGCUAUAACCAGCUCUGUGAUCUGUGGGCAGUUGGAAUAACUGCUAUAGAGCUUGCUGAACUUCAGCCUCCAAUGUUUGACCUACAUCCAAUGAGAGCACUUUUUCUAAUGACAAAAAGCAACUUCCAGCCUCCUAAAUUAAAGGAUAAAAUGAAAUGGUCCAAUAGUUUCCAUCAUUUUGUGAAAAUGGCACUUACAAAAAAUCCUAAAAAAAGACCUACAGCUGAAAAGCUCCUACAGCAUCCGUUUGUUACCCAGCCAUUAAACCGAAGUCUUGCUAUUGAGCUUUUGGAUAAAAUGAAUAAUCCUGAUCAUUCCACUUACCCUGAUUUUGAUGAUGAUGAUCCUGAGCCUCUUGUAGUGCCUCAUAGAAUUCAUUCGACAAGUAGAAAUGUGAGAGAAGAAAAGACCCGCUCUGAAAUAAACUUUGGCCAAGUAAAAUUUGAUCCACCCUUGAGGAAGGAGACAGAGCCACAUCAUGAAUUUCCUGACAGUAGCGAUUUUUUGGACAAUUCAGAAGAAAUAUACUACACUGCAAGAUCUAACCUGGUUAUUUUCAGUGUUGUCACAUACCUUGCUAGCCCUAGUAUCUGUGGGUUUAAGAUGAAUGUCUCCUAA